ACAGGAUAUAACUCAGGAUCAGUACAGGAUAAGUAAUGUAAUGUAUGUACACUGUGACCUCACCAGCAGAAUAGCGAGUACAGCUCUGUGGUAUAAUACAGGAUAUAACUCAGGAUCAGAACAGGAUAAUUAAUAUGUAAUUCUAUAGGUAAACAUGGGCUUUGAGUCAUUCCAGUUCUUGAUGUCUAUGGUCUGGCUCACAGCAUUUACAGUACAGUAAUUUAUAGAUUUCCAGAAGAAACCAGGUCAUUCCCUCAUAAGUUUAGGUCAGGAAAGCUCCAUUUAUUCUGCCAUCAGAUCGACUGCUAAGCUGAAGAUUUGCGCCUGACUUGUGCUAAAUUAACAAGAACAAGGUUACCAGCUCAGCCUCCGGCAUCGCAUUAAAGGGUUUCACCGCGUCUGGUUAUUAUAUUAGACUGUGAAUAUUCGUCUGCUGAUGGUCGUGGUGCCGGCUUUAUCUCAUCAGCUGUGAGGAUCUGGCUGCCCAUCUGUUGCUGCCGCCGUUCCCCCUCCCAAAUCACGUUCCCCCUCCCGAAUCCCAUAGGUGUGAUCAUAGUCACACAGACCCCACCAGCUCUACCCUCACACCCCCUCAAUGAAGCUUUUUCUUCAGUGGGCAAAUCUGUGAAGACAUACAAUCGAGGUGUACACAGUGUGUAAGACACUUCUAGGUAAAGCCAUUGGCACUGAGAAACCUAGGAUCACCCUGCCAUGUCUCAGGCAAACCAUCGUGCGGGAUGAAGAGUGACGGUGUCAGGAUGGGGAAUCAUAUGGGGAACCACGCUCACUACAUUCACGUGGAGGGAAUUCCAAACGCGGCGGGGGCGGUAUCUCGGUUCCGCCGGAAACUUACGGUAACGGAUCCAGAGUUGACAUUACCGGUUAUAACGCUCGGCAUGCAGGGUCUAGGUCCCGCCUGUAUCUUUCUACGUAAGGGCAUUGCUGAGAAGCAGGGGUACCGGGAACUGGGAACUGAUGAGAUUGAAGAAUUGCGCGAUGCCUUUGUAGAAUUUGACAAGGACAAAGAUGGCUUCAUCACCUGCAAGGACCUGGGGAACCUGAUGAGGAUCAUGGGAUACAUGCCCACCGAGAUGGAGCUCAUCGAAUUGUCCCAGCAGAUCAAUAUGAACCUCGGAGGUCGUGUUGACUUUCAGGACUUUGUCGACCUGAUGACCCCCAAGCUGCUGGAGGAGACGGCGGGGAUGAUCGGAGUGAAGGAGCUGAGGGACGCCUUCAAGGAGUUUGAUGCAAAUGGCGAUGGUGAGAUCACAUUGGAUGAACUUCAGCAUGCCAUGCAAAGGCUUCUGGGAGAAAAGCUCACCCAUAGCGAGAUCGCCGAUGUGGUCCGGGAAGCUGAUCUGAAUGGGGACGGGACAGUGGAUUUUGAGGAGUUUGUUCGGAUGAUGUCUCGUUGACACUUUGGCCUUCGCUCAUCCUGUGAGGACCCCCGGAUCUUGUCUUACCCUCAGAUGCCAUAUAUUGCAGAGCCUCACCAGCCUCUAUGUCUAAUGUUUAGAUGUAGCUCUGACUAGGCGCCCCCCGGUGUUAUAUAUGAGAUCUGCACCUUCCACCAUUACUGUGAAUAAACUUGACUCUGUUUUCGUA